UCUCAAAGGGUUACUAUGCAAUUGCGACUGAUUUCUUGUUUUUUUAUCACUUUGAACUUUAUGGAAUACAUUGGCAGCCAGCACGCCUCCAGGGUACGGCGACAGGGAAGAAUGCAUUCUAACGUGAGCCAGGGUUGCCAAGGAGGGUGUGCUACAUGUUCUGACUACAACGGAUGCCUGUCAUGUAAGCCCAGGCUCUUUUUUGUUCUGGAAAGGAUUGGCAUGAAACAGAUUGGAGUAUGUCUUUCCUCGUGUCCAAGCGGAUACUAUGGGACACGGUAUCCGGACAUUAAUAAGUGUGCAAAAUGUAAAGCUGACUGUGAUACCUGCUUCACCAGAAACUUCUGCACAAAGUGUAAAAGUGGGUUUUACUUAUACAGUGGAAAGUGCCUUGAAAAGUGCCCCGAUGGGCUGGAAGCCAACAAUCACACUAUGGAAUGCACUAGCAUUGUGCAUUGUGAAGCUAGUGAGUGGAGUCCAUGGAGCCCUUGCACAAAGAAAGGAAAAACAUGUGGUUUCAAAAGAGGAAAUGAAGUAAGGGUCAGAGAGAUCGUACAGCAUCCGUCAGCAAGGGGCAAUCCUUGCCCAGCUACAAGCGAGAGCAGAAAAUGUAUUGUACAAAGAAAGAGAUGUCAGAAGGAAGGAAAAGGGAAAAAAAAUAGGGAGGAGAAAAGAAAAAAGUCCAACAAAGACGAAAGCAAGGAGACAAGACAGGAAAGCAAAGGGCGAGCAGCCCGAAGACAAAACCGAGAGCAGAGGGAAAACAACAACAAAACUCAGCCGAAGAAAAGAAAAGCCCCAAAUAAAGAACAGAACCCAGCACCCAUCGACACUGCACAUUAAGAGCCCUCCAUGAUUGUUUAAGUCUUAUGAUGCUGCUAUCUCUACCAGAUCGCCCUGACAGGUGCUCCAACCGUUCAGGCCGCAAAUGGACAAUGCUACCAGUUAUUAUUAAACUUUAAACAACAUUCCAAAUACUUCCUAUAUUCUACAAGCAACCAUAGUUUAUUAAAGAGAUUGACAUGAGCCAAGAAAAAAAAUAAAUCUAAAAAUGGGAUACUUUAAAACUGUUAUAUUAUAUGCUUCCAUGCAUCUG